AUGCCUCCAAAGUUCGACCCUAAUGAAGUGAAGUACAUCUACCUGAGAGCCGUUGGUGGCGAAGUGGGAGCCUCCUCCGCUCUCGCCCCAAAGAUCGGUCCUCUUGGUCUGUCCCCAAAGAAGGUUGGUGAAGACAUUGCCAAGGCCACCACCAAGUUCAAGGGUAUCAAGGUGACCGUCCAGCUGAAGAUCCAGAACAGACAGGCCCAGGCCUCUGUUGUUCCAUCUGCCUCCUCGCUGGUCAUCACCGCUUUGAAGGAGCCACCUAGAGACAGAAAGAAGGACAAGAACGUCAAGCACUCCGGAAACAUUCAACUCGAGGAGAUCUGGGAGAUUGCUAGAACCAUGAGAGAAAAGUCUUUCGGUAAGACUCUUGCUUCCGUUGCCAAGGAGGUCCUUGGUACUGCCCAGUCUGUGGGAUGCAGAGUUGCCGGUAAGAACCCUCACGACAUCAUUGAGGCCAUCGACGCUGGCGAGAUUGAUGUCCCAGAAAACUAA